CCUGUUUUCCUAUUCCAUUAUUUCCAUCUUCAUAAAUUCCAAAUAAAGUGCUCUCCUCUCAUUUUGCAGAAAGUAUAACGAAAUACAACUCUCUCUUCAACUACAAAUUUAUAAAUUCCAAAUAAAGUGAAAACAUCUGGAAUCUAUGGCCAAACGCCCAUCUUCCUCUGUUUCUUUAUCCCUUGGGCAUGAACGGAGCAAGUUUGAGUAUCUUCUCUGUACAUGAAAAUAAUGAUAUGUGACAUGAGUCAUCCUUUACAUUGGAAUUUUAAGAAUUACAUAUGAGCUCGCAGUUUCUUAUUGGAAUCACACUGUUACAUUUAGCAUUUCACAGAGAAAUAACUUGAUGAUAGAGAAACGAGACCAGUUUGGUUACUAAAAGACAAGUAUUAUGACAAAACUGAGCAGUCACAUAACAGUAAAAAGGAUCACAAACUACUCUAAUGAUAACUACGAAUGUGACACUGGGUAUCUUCUCUGUACAUUAACAUAAACUAAGGGUCAUACUGAACAUGUUGUGGUACUAACUUGAAUAGCUUGAAAGAGAGACUGCUCUCUGUGAAAAGUAAUAGUAGCAUAUUACAAAUGAUCUCUCACCCACCCGCGUUUGCUAAAAACAAAAAUGUGGCGAGAGUAGGAGAAACAUGGAAGACUUUGUGAUCUUUUACUUUGUGAUCUUUUUUUCAAGUACUCUGGAGUCUAGCUAAACCAAGAACUCGUUUUGAUUAGCCCUAGCCACUAAAUUCUGAAGCUUUGUUACCCUACCAUUGAUACUUGGUCUAAAUGUUGAUUGACAAUUAUGUACUAAGGAAAAGAAAUACUAAAUAAAACAUUUUUUUCCCAGGAAAAGCAAGGCUCACGCUUGUUCUUUUUCAAAUUACAGAUACAUAUCACUGCAAGCAACUUCUCGUGAGUGAUUGAAGAGUAAUAGUUUGAACACGAAGUUCUGGCUUCUGGUGAUGAAGAUCCUUGAAGCAAAUGCAGGUGCUCUCACAAAUUUUGAGGUGCUUGACUUUCUACGCUCCAGAGGUGCAGGAAAAGAUCCUACGAGGGUCAUAGUUCCUGUUGCGCCGUCAGAGUUCAAGGUGUAUGAUUAUUUAGAGCAAACUGCUGCUUGCAAUCAGACAAGACAAGCGAUUGAUGAAUUCUUGGGAAAAUGUAAAAGUAUCACCCUCGCAAAAGCUGAGAUCCUUAACAUCAUCAAUAUCAGGCCAUCUUCCCUCGUUGAGCUUUACCCGAUUAUAGAGGAAUACGACACCCGUUUUGGGGAAGCUGCAGAAACAAUGGAAGAGUUUGUGGAAAAUGUGGUGCAGCUGUUGCCGCCUCCUCCCAACCAAAUGCAGUCUGAACAAGAAGCUGCUACAGACGAAACAGAAGCUCCAGAUGGGGAAAAGACAGAGGUUGCUGAAUAGACUGCAAAGUAAAUGGUCAGGAGUGCUGAUUCCUUUCAUUCGUGCUCAUAUCCACUACCCUACUUUGGCUAUUGUUCUAUAUCCAGCGAACAUUAAGUUUUCAAUCUUGA